AUGCGAGCGGUACUGCCGGGCAGACCCCCAGCCAAGCUCCAGUCGUUAAGCACGGCGCUUUGGAAUGGUAUUCGUGUGGUUGCAUACAUCUCCGGCCAUGCGCUAGUCAUUCUCGGCGGCCCGCAGACGCUCCUCCAAACAAUAUACGUGGACGAUACCGAAAACCUUGAAGCUGUGGUAAUAGACGAAUCAUCUGGGAAGAUUGCUGUUUGUGGUGGCCCCGAUGUGUUCGUGUACCAGCCAUACGGUAUCAAGGGUGAAACACUGAAGUGGUCCCUGCUUAAUACGUUUCGCGCCUCCGAUGACGAUGAACCAAUCUAUACGCUAUCAUGGGGUUCCGCGAAUGAGCUCUUGGUGGGCAAUUCCCGACUUGGUCUUUGGUUCAUGAAUGAUGAGCCGCGCCUAGUAUGGAAACGAAAGCUUGCGACGCCGGUCAAAUUCGCACAAUUUUCCCCAGACUCAGCUUUGAUUGUUACAGUGGGACGGUAUGACCGGCUGGCCAAAGUCUGGCGACGACUCGCCUUUGGCGAAGACGAGGUCCGAUUCGAAGUCUCGUAUCUGCCCCAUCCGAACAUUGUCACUGGUAUACACUGGCGACUUCCUCGGCAUCCCGAGCAAUCUAUCGAUAAUGUCCUUUAUACAUUUUGCGCAGACAAUAUGAUUCGAGUAUGGGCUGUGACCGAUCACCAGGCGCUUUCCGCGUUACAGCUCUGGGCAGAGAUUGACAUGGGAGAGUCGGUUCAGCCCAGAGAUGCAUCAGACCAGCAUCACGGUCCGCAGCGGCGGUACGGCUUCAUUCUAGAUGGGCGUGAUUUCUGCGUUGCCACGGAGCGUGCCAUACAGCGAACCAGUGGUAACGAGGCGAACCAUGCGCUAGAGCACAUAAUCGAGGUCGCAAGCAAGGCUCCAGAGAUCUGCGUUGUCAGCGAUGGCCAGGGGCACAUGUCUGCCUGGGCAUUGGAAGAUGUUGGCUCUAAAAAGAAGACCAAACUGAGUGUCUUCAAUAUUCUGCAUGUGGAAGGCUUGGACUUCGGGUUUGCAUUUGACCGAUCACCACAUGAGGACUAUGCACAGAUUCGCGCGUUCCAGAGUACACCGUCUGCUGACAAGUUGAGUGUCCUGGUCCAUCACUUCGAUGGCCGAAUAGAGUGGUACGAUUCUCAUGUCGACGUUCUCUUUGAUCCGGCACCACGUACGAAACGAAUUACCCAACGAGCGUCUUGGUCUGGCCAUACUGCCCCCGUGAAAAAGAUUGUUCGCAAUGCGACUGGCGAUACGUUGGUUUCGCGUACCAAUGAGAAUAAAGCCACUGUGUGGAAACAGCGGCGCCGAAAUGGUGGUUCAAUAGCACACAAAAGCGUCCUGCUUUCUGAUGAACAUAUUCACCGGACCUGUGUGAUUGAAGAUUCUGAUCUCCUUGUGAAUCUCCACCACAACGGAAUUUCCCUUUGGGACUUCAGCGUAAAUCAUGCUAAGAAACUGGCUUUUCUGCCAUUCAGUGUGCCUACAAAACCACUGUGUGUCCUACCAAUUCCCAGCACCGAAGCGAUUCCAGGCGUUGCCUACGUGGCAACCAUAUGGGCAGAUAUGCGCGGUAUAGUGUGGGAGGUGCGGAUGCCCGGUCUGGAAGCUGGAAACACAAGCUCCGAAACCAUCGAACGCCACUCACUACGAGAAUUCUGUACCUUUGAGAUGGGCUUGGAUGAAGACGUCGCAUACAUUCUUCCCGUAGAUCCAGCUGGCCUGAAGGCCGAGACGUCAACAUUCUUCGAUUCAUUUUCUACCGACAUCGCACUCUCGUACACCUACAGUGGAGUCGUGCGGACAUGGACAGCCCGGGUCGACCCAACAAAUGUUAAGAUUGACUGGCUACUCCAAUCGACCGUGGAUACAGGGAUCACAAAUCCGGGGCUAGCAAGUGGGAGCUCUAUUCGUAAGGCAGCCUUGGUCGACGAAGACAAAACCCACCUUACGAUUUGGGAUACCAACAAUGCUCAAUUGGAGUUUGAGGAACAUUUCGCUUCACAUGAUGUUAUUCGGGACCUUGACUGGACUUCCACACCGGACAAGCAGUCGAUUCUAGCAGUGGGAUUCCCCCACAAGGUGGUCUUGUUGUCGCAGCUUCGCUAUGACUACCUAGAUUCUCGACCGUCGUGGACGCAAGUUCGGGAGAUAUGGAUUCGAGAUCUCACACCCCAUCCCAUAGGGGACUCCUGCUGGCUUAACAACGGCCAUUUGGUCAUCGGGGCUGGAAACCAAUUAUUCGUUUAUGACAAGGAUAUAGAUGUUGGAGAUCGGCUGGUUUCUGAGCUCCGGAUGCCCUCACGAGGACUUUCUUCGGUCGAUCUUUUCGAUAUUGUCAGUCGGCUCAACGGUCCAUUACCCGUCUUCCAUCCACAAUACAUAGCACAGUGUAUCCUUUCCGGAAAGACCAGCCUGGUGCACUCGAUCUUGUUGAACUUACACAAGAAGCUGAAGUUUUACAUCGAGGGCGAUGAACUGGACGGCUUUCUGGAGAUGCCUGUUGAAUGCUUCUAUGAAGAAGAUGCUUCACAACAAUUGAGUUCAAAGGAGCUGCACUCUUCCUAUCUUGAUUCUACAGAAGAGGAGUAUUCUUCUGUCAUAGACGAGAAGACCGCCUCUGCGCUCAAUGAAUGUUUGGCAAAGAUUGCCUUGCCUCAAUUGUCAAGCCAUGAGCAAUUCCGCUUAGCCGAUACUAUUGAAUGUGUCGCUAUGGUGGAGAAGCACCGACGGUCGAUGGAUGAUAAUGCAGCACGCUAUCUUUUGUUCUUCCGACAGCAUAUGUUGCGAAAGAGCCAAGGAGUUGCCAACAAAGACACCGUAUCUUGGCGAGAGAUUGUGUGGGCCUAUCAUAGUAGCAGCCAAGACAUCCUCACAGAUCUUGUGUCUCGGCAGUUCAAUGCAAAACUCACAUGGAAGGCAGCUCGCGAAAGCGGUCUUUUCAUGUGGCUAUCAGACCCGGGAGCUGUGAAAGCCCAACUUGAAAUACUGGCUCGGUGUGAAUACACCAAGACAGAGGAGAGAAACCCAAUCGAUUGCACGCUCUAUUACAUCGCACUAAGGAAGAAGAACGUUCUCCAAGGCCUUUGGCGUAUCGCACACUGGAAUAAGGAACAGGCAGCUACUCAGCGUCUCCUCGGCAACGACUUUACUGAGCCACGCUGGAAGACAUCCGCCUUGAAAAAUGCCUAUGCUUUACUUGGGAAGCGACGAUUUGAGUACGCUGCAUCUUUCUUCCUCCUUGCCGACCAUCUUCGCGACGCUGCCAAUGUCAUAACCAACCAGAUGGGUGAUGUCCAACUUGCGAUCGCAAUUGCCCGAGCCUACGAGGGUGAUGCUGGUCCCGUUCUACGGGAGAUUUUAGAAGAAAAGCUUCUUCCCUUGGCGGCUUCCGAGGGCAAUCGUUGGAUGGCCUCCUGGGCUUUCUGGAUGCUAGGACGGCGGGAUAUGGCAGUGCGGGCGCUGAUUUCACCCGUUGAGUCCCUCUUAUCGCCGGGAACUCCUGCGACACCGGGAAGUCCCGGACAUGCAAAGCUACAGUCCAAAUCAUACCUUUCGAACGAUCCCGCAUUGGUGGUUUUAUACCACCAGCUUCGUGCAAAGACCCUCCAAACUCUCAAGGGUGCGUCUAAAGUACACCCAAGAGAAGAGUGGGAAUUCGUUUGCCGUAACGCCAGACUCUAUGACCGUAUGGGGUGUGAUCUCCUCGCUCUCGAUCUGGUUCGUCACUGGGAAUUCCUCGGCGGACUCCCGACCCAGGAUACCAUGAAGCCGGAUACAUCCCUUGAAAUGAAUGAUAACGGCGUGGAUUACCGGAAAUUACUCCGCCGCAGGAGUAGCCUCGUUGUUGCUGAUAUGCCGGUGCGAUUGGCCAGUGCAGUGCAACAGCCUGGGGCACCCGAGGCAGCUGCAGAGGAUCCAAAGGAGCAGCAGAAGCCAAAGCAGAAAGCGCCCACUAUGUUCCAUGAGCCAGAUGCCAAUUCCUUGCUGGACAGUUUUGGUUUCUAA